CUUCUGUCAGCGAAGAACAAAAACCUAUUAAUGAUGGCUGCACUCAGAAGGUCGACUUUGUUAUUGAAAAAUGUUUUAUGCAAUUCUCGUCCUGGGUGUUUGAAUCCCAAGAGAAAUAUUGGAGAAAUAUGGGUUGACGGAAGCUGCAUAAACCCCUCGUUGGGAUUAACAGAAGAUCAAAUGCAGAUACAAAAAGUUGCUACUGAUUUUGCAAAAUAUGAGUUGUUUCCUAAUAUGGCCAAGUGGGAUGAGGAGGAAAUUUUCCCAUUGGAUACAUUCAAGAAAGCCGGAGAACUGGGAUUUGGAGCUAUUUACUGCAAAGAAGAAAAUGGAGGCACCGGGUUAGGACGCAUGGAUGCUUCUGUCAUAUUUGAGGCCCUGUCUCAGGGAUGUGCCAGUACCACAGCAUACAUAAGUAUUCAUAAUAUGUGUGCUUGGAUGAUUGAUGAAUUUGGAAAUCACAAACUUCAGCAGAAAUGGAUUCCGCAGCUGAGUGCAAUGGACAAGCUUGCUUCUUACUGCUUAACAGAACCAAACCAUGGUAGUGACGCUGCAAAUCUCAGCACAACCGCCAUUCAACAGGGAGAUAAAUUUAUACUGAAUGGAUCUAAGGCAUUUAUCAGUGGAGGUGGAGAUACUGAUAUUUAUGUAGUCAUGUGUAGGACUGGAGAGCCAGGACCUAAAGGGAUCUCCUGUCUGUUGGUGGAAAGGGGAUCUCCUGGAUUAGCUUUUGGCAAGAAAGAAAAAAAGGUUGGCUGGAAUUCACAACCUACUAGAGCUGUGAUAUUUGAGGACUGUGAAGUACCAGUUUCUAAUCUGGUAGGAGAACUUGGGGAAGGUUUCAAGAUUGCCAUGAGAGGAUUAAAUGGUGGAAGGAUUAAUGUUGCAUCAUGCUCUUUAGGAGCUGCACAAUCUAGUAUUGAACUCACUAGGGAUCAUCUCAAAAUCAGGAAACAGUUUGGAAAGACAUUAGAUAGUUUCCAGCAUCUCCAGUUCACUUUGGCAGAAAUGGCAACAAAGCUUGUAACCUCAAGAAAUAUUGUCAGAAUGGCGGCUAAGGCUUUGGAUGAAGACUGGCCUGAGAAAGUGUCACUGUGCUCUAUGGCCAAAUAUUUUGCCACGGAAGAAUGCUCAAAGAUUUGUAACGAUGCCUUACAACUUCACGGUGGCUACGGAUAUCUGAAGGACUAUGCUGUACAACAGUAUGUAAGGGACAUCAGGGUCCACCAAAUUCUAGAAGGAUCAAAUGAAAUAAUGAGAUUGUUGAUAUCCAGGGAUUUAUUGGCCGACGGAGAACGAAAAUAUUCAUGAUGAUUGAUACAUAAUUCUAGUGCGAUUUUAUGUAUUGUCAUUUUCCUACAAGCUAAGGACUAUUUUUUUUUCCGGGAAUAAUGACACCAUUCUUUGUUUAAUACAUUUUUUUCUUGCAUAAUGUAUUUACUGAGUCAUUAAACUCACUUUCAGUCAUCUCGUUCAGCUUCCCUGUAUUGUUAGUGAUAAGCAGAGUUGAUGCAUUAUUCCAAACAAGAUUUCUGUAAUAGAACUUUUAAACAUUACAGGGUCUGUUGAAUAUUAAGGGCUGGUUUGGUUUUGAAAUCUGUCCUAAUCCUGAUGAUGAAUGUUUGUGAUGUCUCAGUAUAUAUUGACCUUAAGCAGUAUUAAUACGAUUUGUGAUUUUAUUUAUUCAGCUGACAUUUUCUGAUAAGUUUUUGUUUUAACCAGCAAAACAAUGCAGCAUUUAGUUAUGUCCUAUCAACAUGUCUACUGUCUGUCAGUCUGUCUGUAACAAUACAUCACUCCCUCAAAUUGCUUUUAAGGAGGUACUCCACAUUUUUAUCAUAAUGACCGACUUCCUUUUAAAACAUGAAUGAAAAUAUAGGUAUGAGAAAUAUUUGUCUAUUCAUUUCAAAGAUCACUGCCUAGCUGAGUAGCUCAGUAGAUUAGUACAUUGCCUGCUGUAGAUCAUGGGUUUGAGACCAGCAAAGGUUUUAAUUUUUUUUUCAGAUUGCUUUCUACUAAAAUUGCAUUUUUUGACAAAAUACAGUAAAUUUGAAAGUUUUCAAUUUCAAAAUGUUGUUAUACAUAUCCUCCACUUUUCAUCUACAUCAAAUUUCUCUUGUGUAGCAAUCAUCCUUAAAUUGAUAUUUUUGAUGAUGUUGAUCAUGUUAAUGUUGGAACUACAGUUGUGUCGAGCUGUGAUACAUAAUGCCCCUAUAGAUAUAUAGAGAGACAUGAGAUGCCCAUGUUAAAAUCCAUAUAAUUUACAUAUUUGCCUUUGCUGAAAAGUAUUAGUUAAUAACAUGAAAAAAAUGAUAUAAUUAUUUUAAAGGUAUAUACUUUUAGAGAUUGCCUGGCAAGAAAUGUCCUUAAUACUUACAUUUUUCAGAACCUACAUCUUGCAUAAAUCUCCCCAAGACAUGAACAGUCAGUCCUUUGAUUUUGUAUACAUUCGACAUGCUUAAUUGUUACAUUACAUUACAUGUUUGAAUAUAAAUAAUAAUCAAAGUCAGGUCAUUUGUUCAAAAAGAGAAAAUUAUCAGCAACAGAAAUGAUUUACAGUGUCUACAUUUUUGUACUUAACUAUAACGAAAUAGAUGAAACUUUUUUUUAGGAAGGAAGUAUUAUGUUAAAAAGUGCUGUUUAAUGUCAAACAUCUUGCAGAUCAUGAUUUAGUGAAAAAAUUCAAAAUAAUGACAGUUUGUGCACUCAAUGCAAUAAAAGAGCUGCAAAUAUAAACAUUCAAAAGAAAUUUGGAAAUAAAAGCGAGUAUGUUUGAAAUCUUGAUGGUUAUUACAUUCUGUAAAUGUAUCUAUGUUAGAUUUUGUCUGUCAAAGAUCUCCCGGCAUUGUAUGACAGGUAAAUUUUAGAUAUCAAAUUAAAUAAAUUAUUGUAGCAUUUUAUUGAUCUAAUAUCAGAUGUAUUGCUGGAUUCUUAACACAUAUCUUUCUUUGUUACUUCUUUUCAAUCAUUCAUGAACUGUAUUUCAUUAUAAAGUACUGCGUGUGUUUGGAAUAGUCACAUCUGGUCAGGGUGAAUUUUUUUUUUUUUUUGUUUAACGUAUAACCUUGUGCACUUGUUAUUAUCAGAUUUGUUCAUCAGAUUAUGGGUAUUUUACUGUCAUAAAUCAUGUUUUAUGGAGCUACAUGAUGUCUGUGAUAAUAAAAUGAAAAGUUCAA